GACUUUUGUAUUAAAGCUAGUGAAACUAAAACUUAUCCUCUUGCCUAUAUAUACGAAUUGGCUUUUCCAAUCUCUCCACCAAAUAUAAUUACAUCCAAACCUUAAAAUUAUGAUAAAAACAAAAGAUGUUACGUUUGUGACAAUAUGCGUGUUUAUAAGUAGCAUUGAUGCGCGAAGAAAAUAUAUUCACUAUCCAAUUAAAAGAGAUUUAGGUAAUGGUUGUAAUCCAAGAUUUCCUACCGCCGCAUGUUAUAAGCGCAUACCAGCGAAUCUAUAUAGGUGUACUAUUGCCAAUAGAUGCGUCCGUGAUACUUCUUCUAUACGAGUAUCAUCUUUGAAAAAGUUUUUGGAAAUACCACCAAUGUAA